AUGCGCUUGGAAGUGGAUAAUGAUGGUCUUGAGGCCAUUGCCAGCGGUGGCGAUUCAUUCCUUUUGCCAGCAACAAGUGGUGAGGAUCGGCUGCCGAGUCAGCUGGAGAGGUCUGCUGCUGCAACACGAGAGAUUUUGAGAGCCAUACCACACGAAAAUCCAGAUCGGGAAGGUCUGCAGGAAACGCCACACCGACAUGCACGAGCUUUCGCCGAGCUGACAAUUGGAUAUGCAAUGACCGUGGAUGCUGAGGUGGGCGAGGCGAUAUUUGGGGAAGCCAGCGAAGGAGUUAUCGCACAGACCAACAUACCAGUUUACUCUCUCUGCGAACAUCACUUGCUCCCUUUCUUUGGGGCUGCCCACAUUGCGUACUUCCCAGAUCCAACGGUCGGCAUCAUUGGCUUGUCCAAGCUGACGAGGAUUGUCGAAGUCUUUGCCAGGCGGCUCCAAGUACAAGAACGGCUGACAAAGGAGAUUGCCGAUUCACUGGAACGUCUUUUGAAGCCGCGUGGAGUUGCAGUGAUCCUUACGUGCCGACACAUGUGCAUGGAAAUGAGAGGUGUGAGAUGCAAUGGCACAGAAACGACUACAAUUCAAAAGCUCGGAGUCUUUCAAGAAGAGUCGGGGUUGUUUGAUGAAUUCCUGUCACUAGUGAAUGCUAGCAAGGUCAUCAAGCAAGCAGUGCCAGUGACUGCUAGCAGCGAAUGCAGCAAAUUAGAGGAGAUCACCGAAGAUCCACAUGAGCAUCUGUCUGGUGAAAGAGCCCAUCUUGUGGACGAAGUCGGCGAAUGGAAAGACUGCGACAACUAUCGCUUGUACUUGGAAUGUGCUCAGGACGAACCUUCCAGCAUAGCCAAAGCGGUUGAAGAGGCUGUCAUUGGACCCUUGAGUCAGAGGAAAGAGCAAGGUUUGUCCAUCCUGGACAUUGGUGCAGGAAACGGUAUCGUGUUGAGAGCUCUGUGCGACGUCAGGAGGUCUAUCAAAAUUGCGCACUAUGCGGCAUAUGAGAUGGAUGCAAGCUUAUGUGCCGAGCUGUGUUCUGUGGCCACCGGCCUCGGACUUGAGGACCGUUCCAACAUCAUCCAAUCUCAAUUCAACGUGCAGAAUUCUCAUAAGGACGUUGGCGGCACUGCUGAUGUUGUCCUUUUGAGCCACUGUCUGUACGGGUUGAUUUCAUCCGAGCAAGUGGACCUGGUUCAACGCGCUCUUCAAUGCGUUGCCCCCGGUGGAAUAUUGAUGAUCGUUCAUCGGUGGGAACCGAACGGGACACUUGAUCGUCUCUCCAAAUGCUUCACUGAACAGUCACUUUUGCAUAUCGUGAAAAUUUGGGAAAGCCACUUGUGCACUUUGCAUCUGGAUGCUGUCCAACGUAUGCGACUCAACCGAUACACUGACGGGGAUGUCUCCUUGAACGAUCAACAGACAUCGGUAGUACGCCUGAUAGGAUGCAUUGCCGUCGAACCACACAGUUGCAGCUUGAACAACACAGAAACAGCCUCUGCUUGCUUCAACGAGGCGCGAUGCCAAGUCGGCUACCUGGCGCGAAAGAAAACGCCUUCUGCUGUCGUCAAGCCAAGCACAGUUGUGGGGAUUCAAGCAUGCCUUCGAGCUGCCGCGCUACAAUCAGUGCUAUCAAGCGGAAGUGGGAAAGUUACCGUGAUUGGAGGCGGGCACAGCGAGAAUGCGUUUGCUGACAAUGCCAUUGCAAUCAAUAUGGCGUUGUGGAACCAAGUAGAAGUCGACACUGUCAAAAGGCUGGUGAAGAUUGGGGGUGGAGCUACCAGCGGAGAAGUGACCGAACAGUGUGAAAAGAAUGACCUUGUCGUGCCUCUCGGGGAUAGACCUGGAGUCGGAGCCGGGCUGAUUCUGCUUGGAGGCUUGAACCACUUUAUGCGCAGGCACGGACUUGCAACCGACAACAUUGUGAGAGUUGUCUAUGUCAAUACGAAUGGCGAGAUCCAAGAGGCCUCGACAAAGGAAGAGUUGUUCCCUUUCCGUGGGGCUGGUUCAAACUUUGGAGUGGUUUUGGAGAUCACCGUUCGAGCCUUCCCUCUUGACUCCAUUGCUGCCCAAGAUAUCGUUUACGAUCUGCCCUCCUCGUCAUACGCUCAACUUCUCAGGAGCUAUUCGAAAGAGGCAAUGUGCCUUCUGGAUACAGGUUGUCUUGAUGGCUUUCUGUUCUGGUCGGGUUCAGAUCAGCUAUCUUUUGCUACCAGCCAUUUUGAUAUUGGUCUCAACCAAGAAGAUUGUCUGGUUCAAGGUUUUCAAGGCAACGCUAAGGUUGGAGCCUGGUCCACCCAUUCCCCUACUCAAUUGUAUGAUCGUGAGCUCUACAUGACAGAUGCGUUUGCUCCUCAUCGCGUCCUGCGCCCCAACGAAAAUCUACCGACCAAGCUGCGGUCGAACAAGCGUUGCCUUUUCCUGCCCUCACUCACAGAGAAACACGAAUCCAUUCUUUCCCGCUGUAUGAAGGAAACACCGACAAAGUGGUGUUAUAUCCACCUCCUGCAUGGGGGAGGGGCUGUCGCUCGUGUCGGGCCCCUUGAAACGGCUUUUGGAUGUCGCCAGUGGGUUUUUGCCGCCGUUGUUACAGCUCGCUGGCCCGAUGGCGACGAGGACAUGGAAAAGAAAGCAACAGAGUGGCUUGCAUGGUCCACAGAUCUUCUGAUACCCCACAGCGAGGGAGUCUACGGGUCUGACUUGGGUCCUCGAGACAAGACCUUGGCACGACGUGCCUUUGGGCUCAACCACUUUCGUCUUGCUCGGAUGAAGCAAACGGCAGAUCCACUACACGUUUUAGGUUGUGCCUGUCCCAUUGCUGCGGUUGACGACGAUCCCCGUGUACAGGCUCGAGGCAUAGUUUUAAUCGUUUGUGGUCCCCGUUGCUCGGGCAAGGACUGGCUGGCCUCAAACGUUUAUGCAACCCUCAGGAGCGUGAUGGGUGAAACUGAGAAUGAUAUGGUCUCCGUCUGCAGCAUCAGCGACGAAACGAAGCGAGAGUUUGCCGAGGUGCACUCAGGGGUGGAUUUGAACGAACUUCUGACUAAUCGACGCUACAAAGAAAGCCACCGCAAAUCCUUGUCAGCCUUCUACGAAAGAAAGAAGGCUCAAAGCAUUGCGUAUGAUGCAGAGUGCUACGUCAAGACUGUCCAAGGGUCGGACGACGGUCGAAUCCUGCUCUUGACUGGUAUGCGAGACGGGUUGGACUACGCUCGUCGUCUUGCCGGGAAGCCCGUACUCUUGAUAAAGGUCACCUCAAGCAAUGAAGCAAAAGAAGCUAGAGGGUGGACAUACGACAAAACAAUCGACGAGUCCCAUGGAGAGCUUGCGGCAGAUGCGAAGGACGACGACUUCUGGGAUCUUGUAUUCGACAAUGGCUUGAACUCUACCUGCCGAUCAGCUGCGACCUGGACAAGGGAUAUCCUCGUUCCGAGCCUCUUUCAGCGAUGUGUCAGGACGGUACAACAACCAAGCGUGCAGUACAGGGACAUUGUAGGAAGCCUUCUUCUUCAACCGUUUGCAAUGGCGCUGUGGACGGGAUCGGUAGUCGAGUGGGUUGAAAAGAAUGGCCAGACGUCAAGUGUCGAUGCUAUUGUUUCUCCGGAAUCACUAGGUUUUGUCUUUGCCGGUACUGUCGCAUCUUUUCUAAAGAAGCCCCUGAUCUUGCUAAGAAAGGGAGGCAAGCUAGUCGGCGACAAGGACUCAGUCAGCUACGACGGCUCAAACAUUCACAACCUUAUCCAAGGGGAGGAAUGCGAAGCUGCCGAUUCCCAUCCAAGCAACCCUGAAUACUGCUUGGAGAUUGUUUCUGGAUCGGUAUUACCUGGACAGCGUAUUCUCGUGGUAGACGAUUGUCUCGCGAGUGGUGCCACUGUUCGUGCUGUCAUGGAUCUUGUUGGACGUCAAGGAGGUGUCGUGACGAAACUUGCAGUCUUGACGGAGCUUCCAGACUUGCAAGGACGUCCUGAUCAUGUUGACAUCUUCUCCGUGACAACGUUUCCUGGAUCUUAG